AUGUCCAAGCGCGAGCCGUCAGCAGGACCUGCAGGCGCGGGCGCUGCCGCCAAUGCCGAUGCGCCUGCACCUUCCGCGAAGCGGCCGAGGAGGAGCCGUUUGGCCGCACGAGUCAAGUUGGCAGAGGACGUCCCCGCACAGUUGCGCCCCGACGCUGAGAUCAUCGAUUACGAGUUCGAGGAGACGCUGGCCGUCCGCAAGGAGAGGAGCCGCUCGGACAAAGCAGUGGAGUUCCACAGGCUCAGCGUGCCCGAAGACCAGGGCGCCAUCAAUGGCAUUGAGAACGUUGACGACAUCUGGGCCUGCGACGACUCCAAGGACUGGCGCAGGGCCCACCUUCCGCUUCGCACGACCCUGAGCCUGAUCAUCGAGAAGAAGGGGUGCGAGGAGUUCGCCUUGCAGAUCGACCAUGGCAUGCAGGCCACGGCCGAGCAGUCGGCGGGUCCUCCUUUCACGGUUUCGGAGGUUUCCGAGAAAGGCUGGCGCAUUGAAGAGUUGUACGAUUUGAUGUCCUGGAGCGAGGUGCUGCAUGUUAUUGGGGAGACGCCGAAGCAGCUCGAGAUCAACGGCAUCGCCAGGAGGCUGCACGACCAGAAGGCGGAGGUGCUCUACCCAGUGCCGCCGACGGACAGGCCCCCUCUCCAGCUGCGCGUGUUCAGCCAGGGGAGCGCUCAGUCGCAGGCCCAGCGGAUUCCGACGAAUGCCCCGCACGUGUAUAGGAACCAGCCCGAGGACAUCCUAGACCACGUCGUGAAGAAGAUGUUUGCGCAGCAGGGCAUCGACAAAUGCAGCUACUCGCAGCCGACCAUCGACGAGCUGAAGGCGCAGGCGGUCAAGAUGAUCAAAGAGGAGGCCGAGAAGAAGGCGGCGAAGGUGGUUGGCGCUGCAGCAGCUGGCUUGAGGAGGACGUCCACAUUCUUGCUGGGGGAGAGUUGCACUGAGGGCGCUGGCACCACGGCCGCUGAGGGCACUCCUGAACCUGGCGAUCGGAGGUCGGCGAUCGAGGAUGGGCCAGCAAUGGAGGCCCCUUCGACUGGAGCUGGAGCGUCCUCCAGCUCGGCUGUCAUAUUUUGCGAUGCGACGCCUUGCAAGGGCUCCGAACCACCGCUCCCCCAGCCGAGCCCUACGCGGGAGGCCUGCACAGACGAGGUGAGCAUAUUCCACAGCCGACCGACGCCUAGGAAAAUCCAACAGCAUGAGGUGGAGAGCCCGCUCGGGACGGCGCUUCACUGGAUCCAGAGGAGCCCAUUGCGGCAUGCCCUGCUCGGCGAGGAGAUGAAACGGGAGCUGAACCAGCUCGGCAUCAUCAAGAGGAAGGUUUGCGGAGCAGAGGCUAGCAACAUCAGCAAGCACGAGGAGCAUCUCAAGCUUGCCAUUGAGCUGUGGAAGGUCAAUUGCACCCAGCAGAAGCUCACGAGGGCGAGGCGUGACCUGGUGGUGGCCACGCUCGAUGGCGCUGGGGUCAGCUGGCCGCCCGAGACGCAGGUCGACCUCUUGUCGUGGGAGUUGAAGGGCAACGUGAUGAAGAUCGAUGAAAUUAUCAAGGCCGGCGCAACGUCCGAUUGCAGUGGCACGCUCUCCGAUGGGAUUGGGCUUUACUUGCCCUGGCGUACGGGCGCUGACACGAUCAAGUUCGAUGCUCAGCGGCCGACGCUCGGCAAGUGCUGCAUCUCAGAUCCUAUACGGGCCGAUCUCUUCAUCAACUUCGCCAUCACGGACAGGCUCGUGGCGUGGGCUGAGAAAGGUCAGGCAUAUCAGAGGGUCGUCUUGGAUUACAUUCGCAUCUCCAAGGCGCUGCUGGUCAUUCCAGAGGAGGAUGCAGACCUCGGCCGCUCCUCGGCCAUGGCCUUGUCCAUGGUCCUCAAAGUUUUCGACGUGGUGGAAGCCGUGGCGGCCAACGCGGACACGGUCAGCGCGGCAACGGACAUGGACGUGUUCGCAGAUAUGGAGGAGGUCUUGGCGGCGUCGCAUCUGACAGACAGGGAGAGCGUGUUCGGCAUUGUCGGGCAGGCGCUUUCGAAAGCAGAGCCCUGGGCCUCCAAGUUCUCUUUGGGACUUAAGCGCGCGAAGGUUCUCAAGCAUUACGCCCCAGGCAUCUCGGAGAAGAUCGGUAAGACCACUUCUCUGGAUAUCACGCCCUCGAUGGAGUUCUGCAGCAAGGUUGAUGAUAUUAUGCCAGAAGUUCCUUACUUCACGAAGUUAGCGGGCCCUCAGGCCACGGAGUGUUUCGAAGCUGCGCUCUGCCAUAAGAUCAACUCCAGCGCUGAGGCAUUACUUGAACUGGUUCAGAAGGAGCCGAUCGAGUCCAAGUCUGAGGGGUGA